AUGGCGUCACUGUCUCCCUCCAUUUCUCAUCCGUGUGUAUCAAUAAAUUCCUUCCAACAAGCAAUUCCAAAUUUUUUUCCACUCCGGGGAAGAAGGAAGAAGGAGGAGAAGAAGGUGGAGAAGAAUCCGUAAUUAGGGUUCUUCUUCCAUGACUAUCACCUCUCACGGGCCUGCAGCUCUGCAAUAAUCGCCAUCGCUUGGUCCGUCCUCCCCCCUACCAAUUUCAUUUCGUUUAAAAGUCAAUGGCCGAUCGCGCCGAGUCGUCUCCCCUCGUUGCCCCGUCGCCGAUGGGCGACCCCAGCGAAAUCGACCUCGAAGCUGGGCCCGGCGAGCAAAUCCAGUGCCGAAUUUGCCUUGAAACUGAUGGGAGGGAUUUUAUUGCUCCGUGCAAGUGCAAAGGCACGUCAAAGUAUGUUCACCGGGAAUGUCUAGACCACUGGAGAGCAGUGAAGGAAGGAUUUGCAUUUGCUCAUUGUACAACUUGCAAGGCGCCAUAUCAUUUGAGAGUUCAUGUAGCUGCAGACCGGAAAUGGAGAACCUUGAAAUUCCGAUUCUUUGUCACCAGAGAUAUUCUAUUUAUAUUUCUGGCUGUUCAACUUGUUAUCUCUUCCCUUGCAUAUCUAGUGUAUCUCAUAGAUGGAUACCAGAAGUUCUGGCUACUGCAUGCAUGGGGAUUUGAAAGUGAACUCAGUUUCUACUACAUAUGUGGAGCACUGCUGUUCUUUGCUUUGCUGGGGCUGUCUGGGUGCUUUAUAACAUGUUAUGACCGAAGGGUUAGGAAUGAUUUGGCUCAGCCCUGUCGAGAAUUGUGUUUAUGCUGCUGUCAUCCUGGGAUCUGUGCUGAUUGCCAUUUACCUGGCACGCUCUGCAUGUGGACCGAUUGCACCACAUGCUUUGAGAGCUGUGCAAGUACUGCCACUGAGUGUGGCUGCCUAGGAGGAGCGGGUGAAGCAGGGUUGCCUCUGUUGUUUAUAGUGGCCUUGGUCGUUCUUGGGCUGUUUACAGUGAUUGGCAUAUUCUAUAGCGUGCUAGUUGCCACAAUGGUUGGACAGCGGAUAUGGCAGAGACACUAUCAUAUUCUCGCAAAGCGGAUGCUUACUAAAGAAUACGUGGUCGAGGAUGUUGACGGUGAGAUGACAGGAUCCGAAUGGUCUCCACCGCCUCUCCCAGCGGAGCAUGUUCAGCAGCUCAAGUCACUUGGCCUGCUAUAAUUCUCACGCAAGAGGAACGCUGGCAUCCCAUUGGAAGGAAUUCUACGAAGUGUAGAAACAACUAACUCGUUCUACUCCGGUAAGUAUCUGAAGGACUUUGUGCAUCUAAUUGGCACACCUGGGUGAUGUAUAUCUACGUCCAUAUAUCGAAGGAGCAAUUUGGUGGCGAGGUCUUGUGGGUUCUAUAAAUAGAUUAAUCCUAUGUGUAGAAAGAUGAAAAACCUAAGCAAAAAGCAGUUGAAUCCUCCGCUGAGGUUUAGAAAGGAAAACUGCAUAUAUGAGAUUUAUAAUGCAUCUCUCGAUGAUGACUAUUGCCUAUCUUAUCUUUUCUUCUUUUGCCCUUAAUAUAUGUAUGGAUGCCUUUUGUUUCCGCAACCGCAAUGAAAUCGCCUCUUCUUAAGCUUA